GUAUAUCAGUUAAAGCAACAUGCCCGGAAAGGAGAUCAAGAAGUCUGCGAAGCCCGCCGCGAAGGGGGUGGCGCCGUACAAGAAGCCCUCUAAGGUGUCCCUCUUUGAGGCCCGGCCCAAGAACUUCGGCAUCGGCCAGGACGUCCCGUACAAACGCGACUUGUCUCGCUUCAUGCGCUGGCCGACCUUCGUGACGAUGCAGCGGAAGAAGCGCGUGCUUCAGCGACGCCUGAAGGUCCCGCCGGCGCUGAACCAAUUCACGAAGGUGCUCGACCGCACGAGCCGCAAUGAGCUGCUGAAGUUGGUGAAGAAGUACGCGCCGGAAACCCGCAAGGCCCGGAACGAGCGCCUGCGCAAGGUCGCCGAGGACAAGAAGCAGAACCCGAAGAAGACGGUGUCGACCAAGGCCCCCCUCGCCGUCGUGACCGGCCUUCAGGAGGUGACUCGUGUGGUCGAGAAGAAGAAGGCGCGUUUGGUCGUGAUUGCGAACAACGUGGACCCGAUCGAGCUAGUUUUGUGGAUGCCGAACCUCUGCCGUGCGAAUAAGAUCCCAUACGCGAUUGUGAAGGACAAGGCGCGCCUCGGUGAGGCGGUGAACCAGAAGACGGCAACGUGCGUGGCGUUCAUCGAUGUGAAGGCCGAGGACGAGGCUGCGCUGAAGAAUUUGGUGCGCUCCGUGAAUGCGCGCUUCUUAUCUCGCUCGGAUGUCAUUCGUCGCCAGUGGGGUGGGCUCCAGCUGUCCCUGCGCUCGCGCGCGGCCCUUCGCAAGAAGCGCGCUCGCAACUGCGGUGCCGACGCUGCGGCUAUUGUCAAGUGAAAUAAAUAGGUUUUAUUUCAGUCUAUAAGGUUUGUCUUUUUCCAAUUAUUUUUCAUUUAUUAAAAAAUUAAUCAGUUUGUGAUGUGUUUUGUU